AUGUUCAGCAAGGCUUUACUCACUGUUUCCCUUCUCGCUGGAAUAGCGUUUGCAACUCCCACUCCAAGUAGCAUCCUCGAGAAGCGUGAUGUAAAUUGUAGAGGGACUGUUUACUCAGACUCUCAAUUGGAGGCCUGCCGCAGAACUCUCUGCUUGUAUGACAACAGGCAGGGACCCGGAGGAUACCCUCACUUCUUCGCGAACCACGAACUUCUGAACUUUGGGUCAUAUACGGGAGACCUGUAUGAGUAUCCAUUAGUACGUGGUUCUAGGGCCUACAACGGGGUGGUACUUGCUAACGAGUUUUCUCUAGGUGCUCCAGGACCAGACCGUUGCGUAGCUGCUUACGAUGCAGUUACAGGAAAUUGUGACCUUCUUGGUGCUAUGACGCAUACAGGUGCUCCUGCGAAUAAUCGCAACCGUUUUUUUCUUUGUUGA